UCGCCGCCGGCGCCGGAGCCGGAGUCCCCUACGACGUUGGCGCCGCCGCAGGAGUCCCCUACGACGUCGGCGCCGCCGCCGAACGGGGGCUUCGCAACGGGGGCGCUGGUGGGGAUAGUGAUAGGAGGGUUAAUUGUGCUUGUGGGCAUGUGCAUUUUCGUCAUUUUCUAUAGGAGAAGGAAUCGGAGAAACCGACCUGAAAAUGUUGACUCCGAAGGUCCUCCACAAGGACCUAAAAAUGACACUAUUGGUGGCCCACCUCAGCAUUCGCAACAAAAUGCUCCACCACCAAAAGAUGGUAAAGUAACAUUGUUUCCCGAGCCAACUCUUCCCCCUGGAGUUGCAUCAAGUCCCCAGCUGUUACAAGUCUCCACCCCUACUGCACAUUCUUCGGCAAGUAGCAGUUUGGGCUAUGAGAAACCAAUCUCAUCACCUUCCCCUGGCUAUGCCUUAGGUCUUUCACAAAGUACAUUUUCAUAUAAGGAAUUAGCCAUUGCAACAAAUGGUUUCUCCAGUGCCAACCUCCUUGGUGAAGGUGGUUUCGGUUUUGUUCAUAAAGGAGUCCUUCCUAAUGGGAAAGUGGUUGCAAUUAAGCAGCUGAAAUCUGGCAGUGCACAGGGGGAGCGUGAAUUUGUGGCAGAGGUUGAGGUCAUUAGUCGUGUCCAUCACAAGCACCUUGUUUCACUGGUUGGAUACUGCAUUUCGAAGGCACAAAGAUUGCUUGUUUAUGAGUUUGUCCCCAACUACACCUUGCAUUUUCAUCUACAUGGAAAGAAGAGGCCAACUAUGAACUGGCCAACCAGAAUGAAAAUAGCUCUGGGCUCUGCAAAAGGAUUGGCAUAUCUGCAUGAGGACUGUCAACCCAAGAUUAUUCACCGUGACAUCAAGGCUGCUAAUAUUCUUCUUGAAUAUAACUUUGAUGCGAAGGUUGCAGAUUUCGGGCUUGCCAAGUUUUCAUUAGAUACUGAUACUCAUGUCUCCACUCGGGUAAUGGGAACUUUUGGUUACUUGGCUCCAGAGUACGCUGCAAGCGGAAAGCUCACUUAUAAGUCAGAUGUCUUCUCCUUUGGAGUUGUACUUUUGGAGUUGAUUACCGGACGCCAACCUCUUGAUAAAACUCAAUCCUUCACUGAUGAUAGCAUGGUUGAGUGGGCAAGGCCUUUGCUCGCGCAAGCUUUAGAAAAUGGAAAUUUUGAUGCUCUUGUUGAACCGAGGUUGCAGAAUGAUUACAACUCUGGUGAAAUGGCACGAAUGGUUGCUUGUGCUGCUGCUUGCGUGCGUCAUUCAGCUCGGUAUCGGCCAAGAAUGAGCCAGAUAGUUCGAGCUUUGGAAGGAAACCUUCCUCUAGAUGAUCUAAAUGAGGGAAUGAAACCUGAAAACAACAGAGCAAUCGGUUCGUUUGAGAGUAGCCAAGAGCAAUUUACCAGUGAGUGCAGUGGACCUAGCAGCGAUUCUGCUCUGCUCCAAUUUGUCUCAAGUAGCGAAGGCCAACAAACUACCCAAGAGAUGGAAUUGGGGAAACUCAAGAAUGAUGCCCAAGACUUUGAUUAUUAUGCCACCAUGACUCCAUGAGCAACAAGAACAGAACCCAACUAUUUAAUGGUAGUUUUGGUUGAUUUUUUACUAUUUUCUGAUAUAGUUAGUUAAUCUAUAAAUAGAAUCCUUGUAAUGGUUGGACAGCUCUAUGGAGAGGAAGAUUCAACAGCGUGGAAUCUGGCUGUAUAAUUCUCAUGUUUAAUGUGAUUCAGGUUGUCAUCA